UCUCAACAACCUUGGGGAAGCAAGGGGAAUCUUUGGUGGUCAAUGGUCUUGUAUUUUUAAAAGUCUUUAAAAUUAGGUAUUCCACGGCGAUCGUCAACCCCUACCUUUCAAGUUCCGUUUGGCAGAUACUUUUAAUAGUCUGAUAAGUAAAUAGUGAUAUUUUACGAGAUGCCGCCCGCUGAUAUUACACCCACAAGUGUUUCCGGCUCUUUCGAGCUGGUGCACUGUGUUAAAGCCUUUAAUAGAAUACCAGUGUACGAAUUUAAAUCUAAACAUACAGGCCUCACUGUUGUCAUCACAGAGGUCGACGGUCCUGUCGUUAGUGGUUUUUUCUGUUUAGCUACCGAAGCCUUUGAUGAUGACGGCCUUCCACACACCCUGGAGCAUUUGAUAUUUUUAGGCAGUGAAUUGUACCCGUACAAAGGGGUUUUAGAUUUAUUGGCCAAUCGAUGUUUGGCAUCCGGUACGAAUGCCUGGACUGAUGUUGAUCAUACCUGUUAUACAAUGCAAACUGCUGGAUACGAAGGCUUUUUGUCACUUAUGCCUAUUUAUAUCGACCAUAUUUUAUACCCCAUUCUUUCUGAAGAGGCAUUUAUUACCGAGGUGCACCAUAUAACCGGCACCGGCGAAGAUGCCGGUGUUGUUUACUGUGAAAUGCAAGGCUGUGAGAAUUCUGGUGAAUCGAGACUACAUUUAACAAUGCAACGAAAAAUGUAUCCCGGUAAAUGCGGAUAUUCCUCUGAAACUGGGGGCAUAAUGAAAAAUCUUAGAGAAUCUACCACAAAUGCAAAGGUCAGAAAAUAUCACAAAGAAUUUUAUCGUCCCGAAAAUCUAAGGCUAAUAAUUGUCGGCCUUAUCAAACCCGACGAUGUCUUUCGUGCCUUAGAGCCGGUCGAAAAUAAAAUUAUUGAAAAGGGUGAUCGAGGCCCUUUUACCAGACCGUGGCAAAAUCCCUGUCCGGCUGUUGAGCAGGCAGAAGAUAUUGUAAUAAAAUAUCCCUCGGAUGAUGAAACUUCGGGAAUGGUUAGUGUUUCGUGGCGUGGUCCUUCGGCUGUUAAAGCGAAUGCCGAAGUAAGCGCUUGCGCAAUAUUGCUGAAGUAUUUGACGGAUUUUUCUGUGGCCCCCUUACAGCAGGAAUUUGUCGAAAUCGAUGAUCCAUUUGCAAAUUUGGUCUCGUAUAGUCUGUACGAAAAUUCCGAAACAUGUCUGUACCUAAUGUUCCAAGGGGUACCGAAAGAAAAACUUCAUUUAAUUAAACCAAAGCUAGACACAGUUUUCAAGGCGAUCGUCGAUCAGGAAGAUAUAGACAUGAAACGUUUAAAAUCCAUCAUCAACAGACAAAAGCUCGAGUAUCUCAGCAAUUUAGAGAUUAGUCCCCAUUCGUCAGUCGCAAAUUUAUUAAUUAAUCAAAUGUUAUUCGGGCAUUCCGAGGAAGACUUAAAGCAGCGCAUCAAUCCGUUGGCCCAUUUAGAGAAAAUGGACCAGGAGCCAAAGGAAUACUGGGUACAGUUAUUGUCAAAAUGGUUUGUUAAUAACAUUGUCGUGGCAAUACAAGGCGUGCCGAGUACGGAGGAGCAACAAAAAAUGGCGGCCGAAGAAAAAUCCCGAAUUGAAGCUCAAGUUGAGCUCCUCACCGAAACUGGUGUAGCACAAAAAGCGGAUGAACUCGUGAAAGCUAUCGAGUUCAAUGAAAGACCUCCUCCCGAUUCAAUGUUGACGUGUGUACCAAUUCCUAAUGUGAAGUCGAUUAAUUUCCAUGAAGUAACGCGCUACACCACGCUUUCCUCUAAUCAGAAUCACAUCAAUCUCUCUAAUACGCCCGUUUUUACGUAUUUCGACCACCUAAAAAGCGGCUUCGUUUAUUUAGCCGCGUUAAUGGAUACCUCAAAUGUUCCCAUGGAACUAAGACCGUAUUUACCGAUUCUUCUGGAAACUCUUUUGGAGUCUCCCAUCAAUAGAAACGGCGAAAUCAUUCCGUACGAAGAUGUCAUUGCACAAUUGCAAGACGACACUGUAUCCGCCGGAAAACAACUGGGGCUGUGCGGGUUAGAUUCCGGCCGUUUUCAGUGUGGCAUUUACGCGCACACGGCGUCUAUUAUUUUACAAUUGGAGCCCGCCAAAUUCGAACGUGGUGUUAUUUGGCUGCGCGAAUUACUUUACCAAACCCAGUUUACAGUGGAAAGAUUAAAAAUUAUCGCUGCAAAGAUUAUUAAUGAAGUUGCACAUGCUAAACGUAGUGGGGGAUCUAUGGUUUCCUACAUAAUGAAAGCGCUUCGUUAUGUACCAGAUAGUAAUCAACAAGCAAACGGCGUUUUCAAGCAGCACAAAUUUCUAACUCAACUAGUGAGCGAUUUGGAAGGUCCGAAUUCCGCCGAAGUACUCGCGGUGAUGGAAAAAGUGAGAUCGAUGAUCACGGACCCGUCGAACGUAACCCUGUACUGUGCCGCCAAUUUAGAUUAUUUAGGUGAAAAUCCGGUCGAAGCGUUUAACAACUUGCUAACGCCGGAAUUGAAUUUAAUCGGAACUCAGAAAAGUUUAAAUGUUACUCCGGAUUGGAAACUGUUGUCGCCUCAGAACGAGAAUGGUUUGUCUCAUUGUAUUGUUGGAAUGGGAUGCUUGGAGUCUUCCGAGUUUAGGCAAUCUACCGCGAGCGUGCGUGCCUACGACGAUCCUGAUAUGCCCGCCAUUAUGGUGUACGCGAAUUAUUUAACGCAGGCCGAGGGGCCUUUGUGGAAGCAAAUAAGAGGGAAAGGAUUCGCUUAUGGAUUCAGUAUUACUUUAAAAGUUCACGAAGGUCUCAUGCAUUUAGGAUUUUCACGCGCGACAAAUGUCGUGGGUGCCUAUAAGGAAGCGGCUGAAAUUGUUAAGAAGCAAAUCGAAACCGAGGAAUGGGAUAAUACACUGUUUGAAUCGGCUAAGUGCUCCCUAAUUUACGAGUUCAUCCAAAAUGAAGAAUCGAUCGGAUGUGUUGUGAUGCAUUCGUUGCAAACUUACUUUUUCGGCGUGAAUUACGAAUACAACAGAACCUUAUUGCAAUUGAUAGAUGAGGUCACGAUCAACGAUUUAAACCGUGUAGGCAAGAAAUAUUUCGCGCCACUCUUCAAUCCGUCGCAAGUCAAAACGGCGAUUGUAUGCGAUCCCACUAAGGUUGAAGAAAUUGCAGCCGGAUUCAAACAGUUUGAUAUUAAUCUGAAAGUCUACCCGUCUUUGGAGGACAGCUUUCUUACAGAAAUGUGUUAAAUAAAGUUGAUUUUGUAAUAUUUGCUUAUUGGAUGCAUUUAAAUAACACACAAAUCCUGUUCUCAAUGUGUAGGCUAACUCCUCAUGUAAUCUUGAGUACCUACAUAUUAUUAAUAUCAUUGGAUUGCUACACCAAAAAAUACAAACAGUUGUAAAUAUGAUCAACUAAAAUUAAAUAUAUAUCGUUGUGAUUCUU